CCCUUCCCUCACCUCUUCCAGCCCGUCCCCUUUCUAUCAAAGUCUCCCUGCGCCCGCAUCCCACAGAUUUCUCUCUCUGACGUUGUGUGUGUGUGUGUGUGUGUGUGUGUGUGUGUGUCUUUCAAUGGAUGAAUCCAGGUGCUCAUUACCUUAAAUCACCUACUUUGUCUUUGGGCUGCAGCAACGCUCAAGGUUCAACGAGCGACUUGCUUCGGCUGUGUCGUGUGCAUCGUGUUGCAGUCCACCUUCUGACCUGUCGACAGUCCCCCGUCUGUCAAUUUCCCCGCUCUGGACAAGGCUUAAUUUCUGCGUCCUGAAUGGAACUGGAUUGAUCGCUGCGCCAGCUCCCUUCCGUUAAUCCUUCCAUAGAAAUAUCAGUUCGGUCAUGGUGGGAACCAUUGCCACCGCCUCACGCAGGCCGUUGACCAAUUCUUCUAAGAUGCUCGCUAAAGCAUCACCCGUUCCCAUAUUGAAAACACCCAAACGCGAAAACUCGGUGAUUGGCAUCAAGCGCAGGAUGGAGGACGACGAUCUCUCCUUGUCCCCGUCCUCGUCGCUGACGUCCGAAACUGAACUCAAUCCCAGCCCUCGCAAGCGAGCUAGAGUCAAGUUUGAACCGGAGGUGGAAAUGCGGGAACUUCCGUACUAUGAAAAGGCGCCCGAACCGGAGACAAAACCAGAAAAGAGUGCCUCGGUCGUUCGUGAAGAGGUGCGCAGGGCCAUCCAACGACAUGUCUCUGGCACCGACAGUGAGGCGUACGAUCGGAUCAAGGAGCUUUUUUCGGUGGACCCACGGCGACCGGAUGAGGACCACAUGCUUCUAUCUGAUGUACCUACCCCCACAUCUCUGAGAUAUCAUUUGAUGGGUCUUUCGUCAAACGUUGCCGCGCUAGAUCGCAGUUGCAACGGGCUCGUCCAGGCUGUGCUGAAUAGUGUGUGGCUCGGCCGAGAUGAGUCUUAUAUCAAGCUGUAUAUACGCUUCCUUGGUAAUCUUGCUGCCGCCCAGGGCAUUUAUCUGGGACCAGUGCUCAGAAUGCUGGUUAACUACAUGGGCGAACUUCCCAAGGAUACAGGCAAGGUGCCGGGCUAUGUUCCCGUGCCUGCGUCGGAGAUCUACAUGCGGGUCCAUAUGGCUCUACGCUAUGUCAUGCAAUUGAUCCCUUCUGGCAGCGGAUCGCUAUCUCCUAUCCUGUCUAUGCAAUUUCCCUUCGAUGGCGAUUCUGCGAAAGCCAAUAUCGCCUACACGAGCAACCUGCUGAAAAUCAGCAGCUAUACCCCAGAGCUGCAGGCCGACAUCCUGGCUUUGAUCACAGAAAAAGUCGUCAAGAUCGACGUUCAGAUCCAGGUAGACCUGGAGGAAAUCGAAGACGAAGUAGGCGAAGAUGUCUUGCGUGGCGUCUCGCCAGAGGCUAUCAUAGCCGAUGAUGACAACGAUGAUGAUGAUAAUGCCUCCGUCCUUAGUGAUGAUACUGUGGAUGACGACUCUCAGCGUGUCAAGAACGUCAGAGAUAAUAUUCUUAAGCUGGACGGCAUGAUUGAUUUGUUGUUCGAAUACUACGCACCAGCUUUCACGUCCGGCAGCUUUCAAGACAAGGAGAAUGCCCUUGAGCUUUUGCUUAGCCACUUUCAGACCAUUAUUCUUCCCAAUCACCGCUCCCGUCACACACAAUUCCUCCUCUUCCACUACUCCCAGACAUCCCCGGAACUCGCUGAGCGCUUCGCUUCUACCUGCAUUCAUACCAUGACAAACCGGAGGCAGCCAGCGAUUUUGCGCCAGUCUGCUGUGGCCUAUUUGGCCAGCCUUGUCGCCCGUGGCGCCCACAUCUCUGGCGAAAUGGCGCGGGAUGUGUUCGACCUGUUAGGUGCGGAACUGACUAGCUUCCGUAACGAAUUUGAAGACACGUGCCGGGGACCUGACCCCCGACGAUAUGGUCUUUUCUACUCGAUCUCACAGGCAUUACUGUAUAUCUUCUGUUUCCGCUGGCGGGAUCUUACGACGGCGGCAAUUGAAGGUGACACGCCGGAGCAAGUUGAAGAAUUGGAACCAGAAGACAUCAUCUUCCCUCCCUCAGUCAAAGAGGUCCUCCGUCAGACCAUCUAUUCGAAGCUCAACCCGCUCAAGGUGUGCUCGCCUGCGAUUGUGACACAAUUUGCCCGGAUGUCUCAGCAUUUCAACUUGAUGUAUGUCUACAGCAUUCUGGAGACGAACAAACGCGUGCGGAUUUCGACAUAUCGCAGUUUGUCUGCUAUGGCGGAUCCGCGCUUUCACCAGGUGGAGCGAGAAAUUCGCGCGGGAGACGACGUCGGCUAUCAGGCAGACUCUUACUUUCCGUUCGAUCCGUACCAACUACCUCGCAGCCGCCGCUGGUUGGAGGGUGACUAUGUCGAGUGGCGGGGUAUCCCGGGCUUGGAUAAGAAUGAUGACGAUGAGGACGACAGUGACGCGGAUGACGACGAGGAUGUAUCCGACGACGACCUCAGCGUCGGGACGGAAACUGAUGACGAUAUGUAAUGGACGAACAAAAGUGGUUAUCUGGUGGGUGGAGGACAAAAAAAGCAAAACUGCUGAUUCUGUGUUUCUUGUGCUUGGCGAGCCCAAUACCCUUUCGCUCUGAGAUGUUUUCCGUUCUUUCAUAUUCUUUCCUGUUCAGCUUUACUUUUCCGUUCCAGCCAGCCACCUGAGAAUCUGUGUUCGCAAAUGUUUUUUGUUCUUUCUUUCUUUGUUUUUUUUUUUACAAAUGCAUAGAGAUAUUUGUGUGCGUCAUAUCUCUUGUGAUUUUCUGUCCGUCUUUGGAGUUCUACGACAGAAAAUGUCAUUUGGCAAUGAUUUUGGUAUCGAUGUACAUACCGUAUGUCUUAGGCCAUUCGUUGACAUCGUCGAACUGAGUGAUACAUGGAGUGUGAUUAUGGCGUCCAGUUGGUAUCAAAGAUGUAGCUGUCGACCGGCUUCGAUCAGUG